CCGGGAGCCCCAGACCGCGGGGACUCUACUGUCCUCUGCAUCCCGCCAGCAGCUAGGACGACCAUGGCGAACAGCCACCGCCUCCUGCUGGAGAACGCGCAGCAAGUGGUGCUGGUGUGCGCCCGCGGCGAGCGCUUCCUGGCCGGGCCGGCGCUGCGCAGCCUGGCGGUGCUGGAGGGCGCCAGCCUGGUGGUGGGCACGGAUGGGUUUAUAAAAGCAAUUGGCCCUGCUGAUGCUAUCCAAAGACAGUUUUCUGGAGAAACCUUUGAAGAAAGGAUCGAUUGCUCUGGGAAAUGCGUCUUACCAGGUUUGGUGGAUGCGCACACACAUCCCGUGUGGGCUGGUGAACGAGUCCAUGAGUUUGCAAUGAAGUUGGCAGGGGCCACGUACAUGGACAUUCACCAGGCCGGAGGAGGGAUCAACUUCACGGUGCAGCACACCCGCCAAGCCUCGGAGGAGGAAUUGUUCCGCUCCUUCCGGAGUCAGCUGCAGUGCAUGAUGAGGGCCGGCACCACCCUGGUGGAGUGCAAGAGCGGUUAUGGCCUGAACCUGGACACGGAGCUCAAGAUGCUGCGCGUCAUCGAGCGCGCCCGGCGGGAGCUGCAGCUCGGCCUCUCUGCCACUUACUGCGGGGCUCACUCGGUCCCCAAAGGAAAAACCGCCAUUGAAGCUGCUGAUGACAUCAUCAGUUACCACCUACCAAGGCUGAAAGAACUCAGAGAAAACGGGGAGCUACACGUUGACAACAUAGAUGUGUUCUGUGAGAAAGGUGUCUUUGAUCUGGAAACCACCAGAAGGAUUCUUGAAGGUGGGAAAAAGAUGGGGUUACAGAUCAACUUCCACGGGGAUGAGCUCCACCCGAUGAAGGCUGCCGAGCUCGGGGCUGAACUAGGAGCGCAGGCAAUCAGUCACCUGGAGGAGGUCAGUGAUGAAGGCAUCGCUGCCAUGGCCGCGGCCAGGUGUUCCGCCAUCCUUCUGCCAACCACGGCCUACAUGCUGAGGUUGAAACAGCCUCGAGCCAGGAAGAUGCUGGACGAGGGAGUCGUAGUUGCCCUGGGCAGUGAUUUCAACCCCAAUGCAUAUUGCUUUUCAAUGCCGAUGGUCAUGCACCUGGCCUGUGUGAACAUGAGAAUGUCCAUGCCAGAGGCCUUGGCCGCUGCCACCAUCAAUGCGGCUUAUGCGCUGGGGAAAUCCCACACACAUGGAUCUCUGGAAGUUGGCAAGCAGGGGGAUCUCGUCAUCAUCAAUGCAUCCAGAUGGGAACAUUUGAUUUACCAGUUCGGCGGCCAUCAUGAAUUAAUUGACUAUGUUAUAGUUAAAGGAAAAGUCAUCUAUAAAAAGUGACAGGUCUGGGCUAAUGAGAUGGCUCAGUGGGUAAAGUCUCCUGUCACCAAACCCGAUGACCAGAGUUCCACCCCUGGGACUCACCUGGUGGAGGGAGAGAAUGCCUAAGAGUCACUCUCUGACUUCCACAUGUUCA